CCAAUAUUUGGUUCCCAUUUUACCCCUGCCUUCCGAAACCAUCCAGUUGGUUCGCCCCCGAACCAGGGGUAAAACGGCGACACUAAAACCUCUCGCAUCGCUCGCUUCGAACCCAUCGCCACCGCGGCCGCUACGCCCCACACCACCACGAGGCCGCGAAAUCCGGCGCCCCCGAUUCCGCCGGCCGCGAUGCAGAGCUCGCUCGCGCGGCCGCUGCGUCCCCCGGUAUGGGCUGGUCGCGGUGGGAGCGGCGACCCGCGCGUCUCGGCCUCCGUGGUGCGGUGCCGCGCCGAGGCGGCGCCGCCGGUGGGCACGGCGGCUAGGGCGCCGGUGGGGCCGUACACCGGGAGGGACCCCGAGGUGAAGAAGCCCGCGUGGCUGCGGCAGCGGGCCGCGCAGGGGGAGAAGUACGCGCGCCUGCGGGAGUCCAUCGGCGAGCUCAAGCUCAACACCGUCUGUGUCGAGGCGCAGUGCCCCAACAUCGGCGAGUGUUGGAACGGAGGCGGAGGAGCCGGCGGGGAAGGGGACGGCAUUGCGACGGCUACGAUCAUGGUGCUCGGCGACACUUGCACGCGCGGCUGCCGGUUCUGUGCUGUGAAGACCAGCAACAAGCCGCCGCCCCCUGAUCCCCUGGAGCCUCUGAACACGGCUUUGGCUGUUGCAAGCUGGGGAGUAGAUUAUGUUGUGCUGACCAGUGUUGAUAGAGAUGACUUGCCUGAUGGUGGAAGUAGCCAUUUUGCUCAGACAGUGAAAGCUUUAAAGGAGCUCAAACCUGGGAUACUGGUGGAGUGCUUAACCUCAGACUUCCGAGGUGACCUGGAGGCUGUCUCAUCUUUAGCAAACUCCGGUCUAGAUGUCUAUGCGCACAACAUUGAAACAGUGCGGAGUCUACAGCGAAUUGUGAGGGAUCCUCGAGCAGGAUAUGAACAGAGCAUGGCAGUUCUCAAGCAUGCAAAAAGUUGCAGGGAGGGCAUGAUUACAAAGUCUUCAAUCAUGCUUGGUCUUGGAGAGACUGAUGAGGAGGUUAGACAAACCAUGAUGGACUUACGGGCCAUUGGUGUUGAUAUUCUUACUUUGGGCCAGUAUUUACAGCCAACAGAAAGGCAUUUAACAGUAAGAGAGUAUGUGACUCCUGAGAAGUUCCAGUUUUGGAAGGAGUAUGGAGAAUCGGUGGGUUUCCGUUAUGUUGCCAGCGGACCCUUGGUUCGGUCUUCAUACCGUGCAGGAGAGCUCUUUGUCCAAAAUUUGGUCAGAAAUAGCAAAACUGUGUCUUCCUCAUCUUAGCCAAAUAUCUUCUGCAGAAGCAAUCCAUGGGAUCCUUACAUACUGGAUGUUAAGAGCGGCAAAACAAAAGUAGGAUGGCAAAAUCAUUCGAUUCUUCUGAAAGCUGAGCCUGGCUUUUGUUUUCUUUUCUUUCCGGAUGUUGCAUACACACUUUUGCUCUCUGCUGUAUGUAGUUGCCCCUGGAUAGAGAAAAACGAGGAUACCAAAUCUUUUCUGUAUCAUUUACUUUGACACCAUAUAUGAAAAGCUGUUCGAAAAUGGUCCAGA